GCCGAUGAUGACGUUUCACACACCAGUUUUCCUGAAACCACACAAAAUAGUGCAGAAAAUAAUUGCAUAUUAUGCGUUAUACAGAAUGAGUGAUUCCAAAGAACCACCAGCAGAACCUCAGUUCAAAGGGUGGCUUUACAAAUGGACAAAUUAUUUGAAGGGGUAUCAGAAACGAUGGUUUGUGUUAAGUUCAAAUGGUCUGCUUUCCUAUUACAGGACUCAUGCGGAGGUGGCGCACACAUGCCGGGGCACGAUCUCGCUGCGCGGCGCCUUCAUACACACGGAGGACUCCUGUAACCUGACGAUCUCGAACGGCGGCACCCGCACCUUCCACCUGAAGGCUCAGUCGGAGGUCGACCGGCAACGAUGGGUCACGGCGCUCGAGCUCGCAAAGGCCAAGUCUAUCCGACAGAUGGAGGAUGAGGAGGAGGAGGAUCUCCCCGAGCGUCCCGACAAGCACGAGCUGCACACGACGCUGCGCGCGCUCGCGUCGAAGCUCGACGACCUCAACACGUGCAACGAGCUGAUCAUGAAGCACGGCGCCACCCUGCAGAGGGCGCUCAACGAGCUGGAGGCGCUGAACACGGCGGCGGCGGCCGCCACCGAGCACACGCAGAAGAUGAAGUCGGUGAACGAGCGCUCGACGCUGUUUCGCAUCACCGCCAACGCGAUGAUAAACGCCUGCUCCGACUACCUCUCACACGCGCAGUCGCAGGGUAGACGCUGGCAGAGGGCGCUACUGCAUGAGCACGAGCAGCGGCUGCGACUGGAGGAGAUGGUGGAGCAGUUAGCUAAGCAGCACAGCCACCUGGAGAUGGAGGCCCGAAAGGAAUCGAAGACGGUCCAGCAGAUAUUGUCCACGGGUGGCGCUGUUACAUCGGAUGAGGACGACGAAUUCCUGGAUGCGGUUGAAAAUCAUCCAAAUGUUGACUUUGAGGUUGAAAUCCCAGCACCGCGAUAUCACAGGUAGGCAUUGAGCAUAGAUGUGAUCUAACGCGUAGACACGUACUAGAUGUCCAGGGGACAAAAU